GCAGGGCAGUGCCCGGACGGGAGGGAGCUCACCUUCGCCAAGAUCGCCGGCUUCUCGCCAUCGCUGUCCACGCCGCCGCCGCUCCUCUACGCCUCCACCUACGGCACCGCCAUCACUGCCGAGUGCUACAACAGAUGCCGAUCGAGUUCCGACUGCCUGGGCUUCGUAGUCGACUACGCCAAGUCCUCGUGCCAUCGAGUUCCCAACAUACCCGGCUACAAGGAGGUCAUCAAGCCAGACCCCGCGGUCAACUACUUCUACAAGCUCUGCUUGAAACUUCCAGAUGAUUGUCCUCAACGAGCUUGGAGUUUGGAAGUCACACCUGGAUUUGAAUUAGUUGGUUCAUUAGAUAACGUAAUACCAAACGUUAAGGACAAAUGGCACUGCUCCCAGCUGUGCAUCGAGAACAACGAAAGCGCCCCCUGCCUCUCGGUGAACUACCACCCUUCGACAGGAAGGUGUGCGCUCAGUUCCAGGAGCAAGUGGACUGACCCGGAGUCUUUCAUACCCACCGUCCACGAGGACUCCUUCUACAUAGAGAACCACUGUGCAGACAGCGAAGGGAACAAAUGCUGGCACGAACCUGUUAUAAAUCAAACUUCGAUAAGGUCUGACCUUAUGACCGGCAACUUAACUUUAGAUGAGUGCAAAGAUAAAUGCCGCAACGAGACUUAUUUCCGAUGUAGAGCAUUCUCCUUCCUCAACAAACAGAACCAAUGCCUACUCCAUUCGGACACCGCUCACUUCUCGCCGCUUAUUCUUCCCUCACUUACAACCACUCAAGAUGCGAUUUACGUAGAGGCGAUCCCCUGCGUCAAUUUAACUGUAGACUGUGAUGAUACUUCAAUGACUGUGACACUUCAUUCCCCUAAAUUCGAAGGUAUGCUAUAUGCUCAAGGUCAUUCCGACACUUGCUUCAUCCAGGGGAGAGGACAAAAUAUUACAGUACUUAAAAUGAGUUUAUCAGCCAACGAUACUGAAAAAUGUAAUGCUCAUCUUGCCUUUGCUGUUGGGAAAAUUAACAGGACCAUGGCUUCAGCGGUGGUAGUAGUUCAGAAGCAUCAACUGAUACAGACGGCAUCAGAUAGCAUCAUCAAAGUUAAUUGUUUUUUGCCACGGAAGGAAACGAAAGAUAAUUUAACACUUACUACAGGGUUUUCAGUUUUAGAACCAGGAAUACAGACUGAAAUAACAGGAUCAAGCAUAGAACAAGAAGGAGCUGUUGGCAAGGCAAUAGCAAAGAUAUCUAUAAUUGACCCCAAAACAGGCAAAGAACCAAAAGAAAUUCAAUUAGGAGAUCCUAUUGUAUUGAAAAUUGAAGUUAAUCCACCAUACAAUAGCAGUAUGGUAAGAGCUGGGCAUUUAAUUGCCUCUUCCGGAACCCAUACUGAUUCUCUAUUGCUGCUGGAUUCAAGGGGUUGUCCCCCUUCAGUCUCACUGUUUCCACCACUUACUAUUGCUGGCCCACAGACGUUAUCUGCAGAGUUUAAGGCUUUCAGGUUUCCUUCUUCGCCGGUCCUUGCUCUCAGCUUAGUUCUUACUUUCUGCCCUACAGUCUGCAAACCUGCAGAUUGUGGAAAUGAAAUAAUCUCCUACGGCAGAAAAAAAAGAUCAGUAACUGCUCUAAGUGGUUUCCAAGAAGUACCACUGCAACUGGCUAUAGUUGUGCAUUCGGAUUUCAGUGAACCAAACCCAACAAAUUUACUACAAGCUUCCCUUGGAUCAGUUGAUGAAAAAACAGAACAAUCCAGAGAAAUUUGUACUAGUUUUCUAACAGCAUCUUUAAUUGGUCUCUUUUGGAUACUUUUACAAUGCUGUCUUUUGGCUGUUGGAUGUGUCGUAGUACACCGCCGGCAGAAGGAAUAUUCUGAUACAAUAUCAUUGAGACAUGAUUUUCAACCUCGGCAUGUUACUUGGUCAGAUGAAGCUGAUAUCCCAUCGAAAAAUCUAAGAUUAACUACUCCUGUUAGGACGUGAUGUUCAAUUGUGACGUAACAGAAGCAGUUUUGCUGAUUAAUAUUGUACAUAUGUAUAUUUAUAAAUAAAUAUGUGAUGUAGCCUAGAAGCCAAUUUUAAAAAGUUACCAUGUAAAACUUACCAAAUAUACAAUUUUUAUAUAAUUCUUAAUAA